AUGGAGGUGAAGGAUGACAUUGAAAAACUAUACAUUCGCGUUCCGGUGCAUUUGAGAAUGGAUCUUCCGCUUCCACCCCAAACUUUUCAUUCUUCUGGUUCAUCUUCUAGUGGCGUAUUACAAAUGAACGGAGGAACGACAGUUUUUCAAGUAGAUCAGCGUUUCCGAUUACCAAAUCUUUUCGAUCCACCUGGGGUGGUUACAAGUGCAAGCGUACGGCUAAACCGUGGUAAUGAUCCGGAAGUCAGUGUGCACAGUGAGGAACGGUGCGCAGGUGCUCGAAUGCGAUUCGGUGAAGUCGGAGGUGUUUCUAACGAUCAGCAGAGAGUAUUGGGUGUUAGGAAUGGGGCAAUUUAUAGUGGUGGAUUGAAUGAGCACGGAGUAUUCGAAGACAUAAGUCACACUGGAUUGGGGAGCGGUAGUACAUUGUUAAGAAAUAAUAGUGGAUCAAAUUCAACUACUACCGUGGAGCGUGCAUCUCAUGCAGGUUCAAGUGCGGAGCAGACACUACAUUCCGUCAAUGGUAAAAAACCGCUGUUUCCAGGCUUAAUUGGUCCUACGCAUUUAGAUCAGUCUUCUUCAAUGAUUCCUUCAACGAGUGCAUGCGAUCAUGGUUCUAAGCCACUAUUCAGAAGUUUGGACUUCAGUGGUGGUAGUUCCGGAUUUUCUGGAACUGGACCUUCUCAUGAAUUAUUUCCGAAGGUCACUAGUGAGUUACCACCUCAGAUUGGUAGCUUUAGUGAUGGCCCAGCUCCACUAAUGAGCUUUGGUAAUACAACCAGUCCAAAUCAGGUAUCUCAUUCCAUCGGACGACAAAUUUACAACACUCCUGACAAAUCAGUAACCUCAACGUAUGCUGUGGUACAGACAAACGCUUUAAGCAAAUUAGAAUCUGGAGAAAAUGAUGGUGGUAUGCGAGCAGUAAAUCAGCAUUGCUUUAUGCAUUCUGGAUCGCAAGGUCCGACUAGUUUCAUCCAUCCGAAUAAACCUCCUUCUCCAGUACCUGAUUUUCCCCCAAAUGUUGCACUGAGGACAUUAUCAAACUCAGUAGAUGCCGAUUGUGGUACAUAUCAUGAAAAUCUUAUCCAUUUGAAGUCGAGCGAGAUUCAAAGCAGCUCACAAGUACCUCUUCCGAAUCUCUCCGAACCGCCUCCACCUUUUGGCACAGCUCCUAUAAAUGGUCCAUCCAUAUUACCGCACAAACUAUCAAGUACGGUUCUUUUGAGCACGAUGCAAAGUUCGAAUAUUGUGCCACCGCAAACAGUACCAGUACCAACUGGCGCUACUCCAAUGUAUCCCUCGGAGCAUACAGUUGGCACCAUUCAACCACUUUCUUCAGCCUCCACUAGUAGCGCGCUGAAUACUUUACCUGGAAGCAGCAAGGCAUUACAGAACUUGCAGCCACAAUCUGGAAAUGCUACUGUCGUCACUGCACAGCCAUUAAUGUCAUUACAUUCCGGAUCAUCAGCAGUUAGCGUUCCACCUCCUGAUUUCUCGGUUCCUCCACCAUUAGCACCAUCACUGACUGUGCGAACAAGUGUUGGUACAUCUUCCAUCACUACUAAUUUGUUGAGUCAUACCGAACCAAUCAGUUCUGUUGAUUCAAGAACCGGACCUUCUUCAAACUCAACUCUCCAGAGAAGUUUGUCACAUAUGAAGGGAGGAGUAUUAACAAACAGUACUGUACUGAGUAGUUUACCCUCAAUGAAUGUCCCUCCACCGUCGUUUUCGGUACCACCUCCUCGAGCACCAAACGUUGGUUCUGCAUUCCCUGCUCCUCCUUCAAUGGCUGCUAGUGGAAUGACCUCGGGACGGAGACCCGCGAAUAUGGUAUCUUCCAUGGUUGCACCACCGCCAAAUCUCAUGUCAGGACCAGUAGGUUUAAACUGCCCACCACCUGAUAUGUCCCAGCCUCCUCCUAAUAUUCGUAGUGCCCUGGGAGCGAGUAAUCCAGGAAGUGUCCAGCAGAUGGUCAGUGCAGUGGUUGGUCAAUCUACCGUAAGUAGCCAGACACCUGUAGAAGUUGUAACAGAAUUAAUUGCUACUGCCUACAAUAGAACCGGAGGCAUUAGACUUCAUCAUGAUCCAUCGUUAAAGCAACGAAUGUCGAUGGUCACGGAGAACACUGUUGUAAUCAAUAAAAUGAGGGCUCCUGCACCCGCAGGACCACCAAGACCACUUUCUUCAGUGGGCAAGUUGCUACCACCACUCAUGCUUUCACCUGGAACUCGUGGUGGUUCGGCUUCCAGAAUUUCCAGCUUUAACAAACGGAAAGGAUCGCAGAUACGAUCGUCGACAACUCGUCCGCAGCAACGUCAAAAACGACAAAUCAGUGAUAUGGUAGCCAUCAUUCCGGAUGAACAUGACCAUCCCAGUUCACGCGAAGAGCCAGAUGACAAUAUUUUUCUGAUAGUGUCUGAUGAAGAGGAUGACAACAAGUAG